UUCUGCGGCCGGAGCGGCGGGUGCGGACCAGGAGCCGGGCUGAGGUUCGGCCGCAGCAGUGCGUGCUCCGAAGCAGCCGGCGCGGGUGCCGCUGAGGCGGCGUCGGGAGGCAGGACCGGCGGACGGACUGCCGGACGGACCCUGUGGAAGGCGACCCGCGCGCCGCGCCCGGGAGGCCGCGCGGUGGGCGCGAUGCCGGGGCCUCCGCCGCUGCUGCUGCUGCUGCCGCCGCUGCUGCUCCUCCUGCUCGCCGGCGGUGGCGGAGCCGCGCCACUUCCGCAAACAGGUGCAGGGGAGGCCCCUGCUGUGGAAGUCCCCUCGUCUUUUGUGAUCCUGUCUCUGUGCAGUUUGAUGAUCCUGAUAGUGUUAAUUGCAAACUGCAUAUCCUGCUGCAAGGACCCAGAAAUAGACUUCAAGGAGUUCGAGGAUAACUUUGAUGAUGAGAUAGAUUUCACACCACCAGCGGAAGACACCCCCUCCGUCCAGUCCCCAGCAGAGGUCUUCACUGUCUCGGUGCCAAACAUCUCCCUGCCUGCUCCGUCGCAGUUCCAGCCGUCUGUAGAAGGCUUGAAGUCUCAAAUAGCCCGCCACAGUCUCAACUACAUACAGGAGAUCGGAAACGGAUGGUUUGGAAAGGUGCUCCUGGGAGAGAUCUACACGGGCACCAGUGUAGCGAGAGUGAUAGUGAAGGAGUUAAAAGCCAGCGCAAGCGCAAAGGAACAAGAUACUUUCCUGAAAAGCGGAGAGCCCUACUACGUUCUCCAGCAUCCCAAUGUUCUUCAGUGUGUUGGACAGUGUGUGGAAGCCAUUCCCUAUCUUCUGGUGUUUGAGUUCUGUGACUUGGGCGACCUGAAGGCCUACCUGCGCAGCGAGCAGGAGCACCUGCGGGGGGACACGCAGACCAUGCUGCUGCAGAGGAUGGCGUGCGAGAUUGCCGCGGGGCUGGCGGCCAUGCACAAGCUGCACUUCCUGCACAGCGACUUAGCUCUGAGGAACUGUUACCUUACCUCUGACUUAAAUGUGAAAGUGGGAGACUAUGGAAUAGGCUUCAGCAGGUACAAGGAGGACUACAUCGAGACAGACGACAAGAAAAUGCUGCCCCUGCGCUGGACGGCUCCAGAACUGGUCACCAGAUUUCAAGACAGGGUCCUGAUGGCAGACCACACCAAAUACAGCAAUAUCUGGUCCCUGGGCGUGACACUCUGGGAGCUUUUGGAUGGCGCCGCCCAGCCCUACGCCAGCCUGUCCAACAUGGACGUCCUCCACCAGGUCAUCCGGGAGCGGCACGAGAGGCUCCCCAAGCCGCGGCUGGAGCAGCCCCACUCCGACAGAUGGUACGAGGUGCUGCAGCUGUGCUGGCAGUCCCCCGACAAGAGGCCGGCGGCCGAGGACGUGCACCGGCUGCUGACCUACCUGCGUAUGCAGAGCCAGCGGGCCUCGGAGGUGGACUUCGAGCAGCAGUGGAACGCCCUGAAGCCCAGCGUGCACAGCAGAGACGCGGCCAGCAACGCCGCCUUCCCCAUCCUCGACCACUUUGCCCGCGACCGCCUGGGCCGCGAGAUGGAGGAGGUCCUCACUGUGACCGAGACGAGCCAGGGCCUGAGCUUCGAGUAUGUGUGGGAGGCCGCCAAGCACGACCACUUCGAGGAGCACGGCCGCGGCCACCCCGACGAGGCCCUGUCCUACACGAGCAUGUUCUUCCCCGUCGAAGUGUUCGAGAGCUCGCGCGCGGAGCCGGGGCCCGGCACACAGGACGACAGCGGCCAGGAGGCGCCCCUGCGGGCCCCCGGCGUGCUUCCUGUCUUUGACGCCCACAACCUGUCCGUUGGAAGCGACUAUUACAUCCAGCUAGAGGAGAAGAGCGGCGGCCACGUGGAGCUUGAUUACCCGCCCGCCCUGCUCACGACCGAGCUGGAAAACCCCGACGGGCCGGGCGUUGAGGCGCCCCCGUUCCCGGCCCUCCGGGGCCUGGAGUUGGAGGAGUCCAGCACCGACGAGGACUUCUUCCAGAGCGGCGCGGAGCCCAAGGAGCCCAGCCUGGCUGAGGAGCUGCGUGUGGCCGGGGGCCACGACAGCCCGUUCCUCGGCAUCUUCAGUGACCUGGACAAACCCGAGGACCUGCCCGGCCACCAGAAGAUGUUUGACUUGAUGGAGGUAAACGGUGCUCAGGUGGACCCGAAGGCGGCCCCUCUGAGCUCAGGCUCGGAGCAGCCCCGAGAGCCGGCGGCCCGCUCGCUCUUGGACGGGCCUCUCGACCCGCUGAGCGCUCAGGAGCUGUCAGAAAACUUUGUGUUUCUCCAAGAGAAGAACCUGCUCAGGGGCCCGCUGCCUGGCCCGGAGCACCCACGUGACCUCCAGGCGGCGCAUCCGGACGCGGGCGUCACCGCGUCGUGGGACACCUCGCACGGAAACGCCUCAGACGCCGAGCUGAAGCUCACGGACGGUGAACUGGGGCCGUCCUUGUGCCGGGACAGCAGGAGUAAGGACGCAGGUGGCCAUGCACCAAGCCCCUCGGCGCUGUCUUCCCCUGACGCGCAGGCCCCCGUGGCCUUGCUCCACUCGGAAGGAGCGCCUCCCAGUGAGCCCCCGGCCCCCUCCCUGCAGCCCAGGGAGGUCAGCGUCCCUGGGGACCAUCCCUGCCAGGACACAUGUCCAGAGCCCGUGACUGUCCCAGUGGACCAUCUUCCUGUGGAUGCCAGCCCCGCCAGGGCAGGCGAUGGGUCCCAGCCUGCGGAGGAGGCCCUGAGACAGAGCGAUGGUGGUGCCGGGCAGGCAGGCAUGGGGGCCGGCCUUCUGGACCUGAGCCAGGCUGAGGAGUGCCCGGGAGACCCUGGCAGUAAGAGCCCGGAUGUGAUGGUGACCGUGAGUCAGCUCGAGAACGCCAAAGGAGCAGGCCUGGCGUCCGUGCUGUCCUCCGACUCCACCAGUCAGGACAGCCUCCUGGAGGACAGCCUGGCCACGCCCAUCCCCACCUCCGAGCAGUCUCUGGAGACGCCCGACUCCCUGGAUUCCAUGGAUGUCCAGGAAACACUGCUGGGUCCCCUGGGCUCCCACACGCCUCAGAAGCUGCCGGCCCCGGAGAAGCCGGCGGACAGCGGCUACGAGACUGAGAACCUGGAGUCUCCGGAGUGGACCCUGCAUCCCGCCCCUGAGGGUGCCACAGACUCGGCCGCAGCCGGCGACGGGGCUCCUAGUGCUUUGCCUCCCAACCCGGUCAUUGUCGUCUCAGACGCAGGCGAUGGCCAGAGAGGCGCCGAAGUGACCGCACAGACGUGUGCGCCGGGCUCCCAGGGCUCCUACCGGGACUCGGCGUACUUCUCAGAUAACGACUCUGAACCUGACCGGAAGGCCGAGGAGGCCCCAGGCACCUCCGUGCCAGCCGUGGUGUUGGUCGAGGGUCAGCCCCCGCCCGAGCCGGUUGUUCCAGAGCAGGAGCAGAGCCCCGGUGUCCUGGGCGGUUGCCUGGAAGCCGGCGGCAGCCAGUCAGACCCAGGCUGCUCAUCCGCUUUGCAAGAUCCCAGUGGCCUGGAGUCGGGAGCCGAGCUGGAGCCGGCCCGGGCCGACGUCUCUGGAGAGGUGUGUCCUGCGGAAGACGAGGCUGGCAGCCCCUUGAAUCUGUGGCACUCGGAGCUCAGCAGCAGCGACGACUUUGAGGCCCCGGAAGAUCAGCCCUGCACCCUUGCCUCCACUGGCACCAACACCAACGAGCUCCUGGCCUACACGCACUCGGCGGCGGCCAAGUCCCUGUCCUGCCACGCCGAGGGCCCCAAGCUCAAGGAGCCGGACAUCGAGGGGAAGUACCUGGGGAAACUCAGCGUGACCGGGGCGCUCGACCUGACCGAGGACGGCAUGGACGCGGACGAGGAGGACGAGAACAGCGACGACUCGGACGAUGACCUGCGGGCCUUCGACCUGCACAGCCUGAGCUCGGAGUCGGAGGACGAGCUGGAGCACCCGGUGCCCGUGGUCCUCAGCGAGGACGACGGCAGGCACCUGCGGAGCUUGCUGAAGCCGGCCGCGGCCGUGCCUGCCGGGCCGCUGCCCGAGGACUGGAAGAGGGAGAAGAAGGCCGUCACGUUCUUCGACGACGUCACGGUCUACCUGUUUGACCAGGAGACCCCGACCAAGGAGCUGGGGCCCUGCGUGGGGGAGGCGCGUGGUCCCGAGCCCAGCAGCCCGGCGCUGCCUGCAGGUCCGCCCUACCUGAGCAGGUGCAUCAACUCCGAAAGUUCCACAGAUGACGAAGGUGGAGGCUUUGAAUGGGACGACGACUUCUCCCCAGACCCUUUCAUGUCAAAGACGACGAGCAGCCUCCUGGCCUCGAAGCCUUCCCUGCAGACAUCAAAGUACUUCUCCCCGCCGCCGCCUGCCCGGAGCGCGGAGCAGAGCUGGCCGCCCCCGGCGCCCUGUUCCCGCUUCUCCAUCUCCCCCGCCGACAUCGCCAGCUUCUCCCUCACACACCUCACGGACUCGGACAUGGAGCAGGGAGGAAGCAGUGAAGACGGAGACAAGGAUUAGACGGCCGUGCUCGGGACGACCAGCCGAGCGGCGGCCACCGCCGUGUGCUGACAGGAGCUGGGAAGCAGUCCGGAGGCGCAGAGGGAGGUGGCCCUGACCUCCGUCCCCGCUGGGGCCUGCGGGGAGCCCGCGGGGUGCUCAGGCACAGGUGUCCCACGGAGGCCGCGCACGCCAGGCCGCGGGUCCGUCCUCCCUGGAGGCGCCCUGUGCCCUGCCCAGGAGUCCCAGUCUUGGCACGGGUGCCGUGGAGGGCGUGCCAGGGGAGUGGUCACGAGUGAGCCAUACCUACACUGCUUCUGUAACCGCACUGUGGACACAUGUUCUCGGCGUCCCCAGGACUGUACAGAACCUGAAAUUACUCAUGGAGAGUGAGGCAGGUCGAGCUGGUGCUGCCCACUGGUGUGAUUCUUCUGUUUCACGGUCCGUCUGCUCUGCAUGGUGCCUGUAAAGCGUCAGUAUUUGAGUGUCCGCUGUGUCUGGAGUUGUCGGGACCGCACGCACGGUACUCCCUCCCCCUAGGCAGCCGUGGUUCUGGUCGUCGGUGCUCACGUUCUCUUAGGAAAUGUUUUGAAUGAGUCCAGAUCCCUGCUCCGUCCCUGCAGCUCUGUCUCGAGGCCUGCGGCCUCUCCGAGGAGCUGAGGGUCCAGCCAGGCCAGCGUGCCCUCCCGCCAUGCCCCUGGGUCCCUGUGCUGGAGCCACUGCCUGGAGGAGGCGUCUGCGAGGGACUGCAGCUGUCGCGGGCCGUUGAGUUCUGUCCAUCUGCUUCAUGGGUCAGAUUUGACCUUGGAAAAACACCUUCAGGAUGAAUUUCCUGCACCAAGCCUCGCCACGUGCGGCCAGCCUCUUUGUAACCGGGGGACUCGCCACGUCCGGCAGCUCUGACAGGGACAGGGACCACUUCGUAGCCUCAGCAGCCAGCACGGCCUCCUCCCGCCUACCCCGCCCUGCGCUGAGCCAGGGCGGUGCCUGGGGCGACAGGAAGGUGGCGAGGGCGUGGGCCGGGCCAGUUCACACGGCGCAUUGUGGCCUCGGGUCCGGCCGGGUUGCGUGUGCAGGGCCAGUUCUCACGGCGCAUUGUGGCCUCGGGUCCAGCCGGGUGGCAUGUGCAGGGCCAGUUCAUACCGCACAUUUGUGGCCUUGGGUCCGGCAGGAUGGUGUGUGCAGGGCCAGUUCACACGGUGCAUUGUGGCCUCGGGUCCGGCUGGCUGGCGUGCGCCGGGCCAGCACACACAGCACACCAUGGUCUCGGGCCGGCCAGCUCGCUCUGAAGGUUGAUCUGCAGCAAUAAGUUUCCAGAGCAGGGGGCCUCAGGACGGAGACGGCGCCCCCCACCCCACUCCGGGAUGCGCUCCUACCACAUCCGUCCGAGCUCCGACCGUCGUGGCUGGAGGCAUCCGGGGCUCGCUGCCCGUGCGCAGCCGCCGGCCGCUCACACCAUUCGCUGACUGGGGUUUGGGGGCCGUACCUUCCCCACCGCGAUGAAGGAGACUUCAACGGCAUCAUUCCCAUUUUUAUUCAUUUCAAGGCCAUACUGCUCUCACGAUUAAUUGCCAAAACAAAGAAACCAUUUUAUACACUGCGGUGGGGGGAGGUCUGUGGUGUUGCAUGGAGAAGACUGCAUUUACAGUAGACGACGUCAGUGAAACCUCGAGCAAUACCCGUGAGACCCAGCGCAGUGGUUCUGCCACUGUCCGCCCAGCGUCUGUGCGCCCAGCACAGCCACGGCAGCCGCCUUGCAGCGCGGGGUUCCGGGGCGAGCCCUGCGAGGGAGAGCGAGUGCGUCGUCACCCUCACCCUGGUGCAGUUUGUGUAUCUGAGACUCCGAGUAAAAACGCUGUCACCUCCAUUUCACUCCCACUAGAUGCGAAUCCCUGUUCUCAGACGGCCCAGCCCCAGGGCCCAGCCCCUGCUCCGCGGAACCACAGGGGAGGCCGAGCGGUGGUCGGGUCCUGAGGCACAGGCGCGUGUUCCCAGGGAGGCGGCUCGUCCAGAACAGCCUGUCUGCCGCGGGACCGCGUGGAAGGGUCACCCUCCGGACGCCGAGCCUUAUGAGAAGUAGCCUUAAACCGUGUGUGCACGGUGCCCUCGGGCCAGGAACUCGGCGGGGAUGGGCCUGGGCGGUGGUCUCGGUGGUCAGUCUCGGUCAGUCUCGGUCAUCCCGGCGGGAAGACGCGGCUUUAGCAUAGAAGUGAACUGGCAGGGGUGCGCGGACAGCGUCGGCUCACCAACAGCCUGUGCGGGGCCUCGGGCACGAGCCCACGGGUGCUGCGUGGGGCGGAGCGGGGUCCUGGGGUGCUGCCCCGCCCCCACCGUGCUCUAACAGUCAAGAGAGGUUCACGGCAAUAUGUUACCGAACUUCCAGUUUGAAUUGUGUACAUUUUUAAAUUGUAAGAUUUUUACUGUAUAUUGAUGCAUAGUGUGAUUCGAUAAAUUGCUUGUAAUUUAAAAACUAUUUAAUAUUCAAAAUAAAUAUAGUUAUAUAUUUAUAAA